AUGGGUGGUGACGAAAGCGGCAAGGCACCGGGUGGUAUGCUAUGUGGAAACAGGUUUCCGUGCUCAUUGGGGAAGACUUCGAAAAUGAGCUCAACUCUCGUUUCGAAGGAGGAGGGCGAGGUGAAGAAGUUGACUGCAAAUACGAACUCUUCUGCACUCCGUUAUUUGGUAGAGGGCGACAGCGCUGCCAUUACUCAUACCACUCCAUCACCACAUAACUAA